AUGCUCUCUCCUUCUCGCUCUUCAUUUCCUUCCAGCCACGCUCGAACACGUUCAGUAUCGACACCCUACUCUCCGCCGCUUCCUUCCCCGUUGUCCUUCUCCUUCCCAGGCAACUCACUAACCGUACCAACAUCGCAGUCGGCACCUACUGCAUUGACAUCCGCCAACGAAACUUCACCAACACAAAGCCGUCGGCAUUCCCGAAUUCAUUCUCGAAACCUCUCCGUUUUCUUCCCCCGGCCCGGGUCUCUUCCAGAGGUAACCAUAUCUGAGGACGGCUCGCAGGAGGUCGAGGCAGCUGGCGACAUUGAAGCCCCAGUAUCUUCGGCUCCCUCAGCAGGUCCUGGCGUCAGUAUGCGAGCUCCCCUUACACCUCUUGGCGCCGGAUUCACAUUCGGUGGACGUCCGCCUUCUUCAGCGAGCGUCCAGAUGCCACCGCUCAUUUCCAAGUCAUCAUCAUCUAUAUCCUCUUCAAGACGUGGCCACCAUCACAAACACUCCCUCUCUCAUAAUUUUUUCUCCUUCCUGGAGCCUGGCUCCCAGAGCAGGCCUGAGGACUUGCAUACCCUGCCUACACCUUCACCUGUUUCACAGUGGACGCCAGUGUCGCCUGUACCGACGUCUGCUUCGUCUAACGGUCACACUCACAAUGAUGAAGACCUUGAGCCGAGUGUGCCUAUGGGUGCUAUAUCAUUGACGUUUGCGCAAUUCGUCUUGGGUGCAUGGUUGUGGGUAUGCGGACAGCAAAUUGGUUCUCUAGGAUGUACGGGCCUGGGAUAUUGGGUCGUGUUUGAUGCAUUUGGGCUCGGGCUGGGGAGUGUCCUUCCUGGCUGGCUGGGAAAAGGAGCUGGGAAAAAAGAGAGGAUGCGACGGCCGUAUGGGAAUGCGCGGAUAGAAACCGUGCUCAUGUUCGCCCAGUCCGUGUAUCUGAUGUUUUCUUCAGUGUAUGUCUGCAAAGAGACCGUUGAACAUGUAUUAUUGAGUAUGGGAGGUGGAGACGGUCAUCACCACCACCAUGGAGAUGAGGAGACUGGAUUCGGGAUUGAAUUCCCCGUCAUCUCAAUACUGCUUUCUAUCUGUUCGAUAGUAGCAUCUGCAUUCUUUUUCAACAACCAUGACAAGCUGGUCACCGUGACCGGAAACCGGAUUCCAUCACUUGGUGCAUAUAUUCGCUCGUUAUCUACUACUCAUCGCUUGCGGGAUCUCCCGCCUACAUCUCCCUCUGCGAUCAUACUUUCCAAUCCAUACACAUCGAGCUCUCUUUUAUUUGCGUUGUGCAUCCUUUUCGUCUCGUUCCUCAUUCCAUCAUCCCAACACCAGGCUUGCGACCUCGUAAUCGCUACCCUUAUAACGGUGGUUACCUUCAACGUCUCCUACAGCGCCUCCGUUAUACUAGGAGCCGUGCUCCUUCAAACGUCACCUCCUCGAGGCUCCGCGGGCGGGCGGAUGGAGGCUUUUUUACGGGCGAUGCGCGAGGUCGAGCGACAUCCACAAGUGCUUCACCUACCCGCACCGCAUAUAUGGCAGCUUACACCGACGUCCAAGGGCGGAACGAUUGUGGUGACGAUGGAACUCCAUGUGCGGCCGGACUUGGGCGACGAUGAGGUGUUGCGGCUGACUAAAUGGGCCUGGGAGCGAUGUACUAAUGCGCUUGGCGGCGAGAGGGAGGUUACUGUUGGUGUUGUUAGAGGAUAA